AUGAGUAGUGAAGACGACAACCAAAAUCUCGUUAAAUGCGCAGAAGAAAUUUGUGAAGUAUUUGCUGAUAGUGUAUCUUCUCUUGUUUUAAUGCUUGUUGCUUUACAAGAGAAAAAUAAACCACCAAGACCAGAAAUGCAAAUGUCUAUUCAAAGUGUUGCUGAGCAAUCUGACAAUAUUGGACAAAUUGCAAAGGACCUUGCAGAAGAAGAUUAUGAAGAGUAUCCUGAUAUUCAAAAAGAAAUUCUUGACGCAGCUGAGGAAGUAUUUACUGGAUCAAGUGAUUUAACUCAAGCAGCCAAUAACCUUAAAACAUCUAACUUAAAAGAAGGUUAUCAACAACUUGUUGAUGGAUGUAGAAUUUGUGGAACCAAUUGUAUUAAAUUGUUACAAAUUGUAUAUGGAGCUACAUUUAAGAAACUUGCAGCUGAACAAGAAAAAAUGAGAGAACUUGCAGAACAAAUGGAUACUAAAUUAGUUGAUGAAGAUCCACAACGUUUUGCAGAUAUUGCAGGAGAUUUGUGUUCAGCAGGUUUACAAAUUGCUGAAGAUAUAAGAACACAAGCUGAUGGAGAAGCAGUUCCAUCAGAUAAAGCUGAGAUGCAAGAACUUGCUGAUAAUAUUGAGAAGUAUUCAAAUGAACUUCUUGAUGCAGUUAAUGCAUAUCUUGAAGAUCCAGAUAAUGAAAAGUUAAGAGUUGAAAUGGAAGAAGCUAAAGAAAGAUUAAUGAAAGAAAUGGAAAAGGCUAAAGAAAGAGUUGCUAAAAGUCAAGAAAUUGUUAAAAAACAACAAGAAGCUCUUAACGCACAAACAGCCGCACAAAAUGCUAGUAUUGAUGAAAAAAUAAAGAAUUCAAAACCAAUUGUUUCAAAAGAAGAACAAGUAAAAACAGGACUUUCUGUAUUAGAAAAUUUAGAUAAAGCAGGAGAAGCAGUCUUUUGGAAUAAUCCAAAAGAUUUUGUUUCAUCAACAAAUGAAAAUAUGCAAGAAGUUCCAAAAUUUGUGGAUGGAAGAAUUGCUGAUGCUAGAAAUGAAAAGAACCCAGAAAAAGAGGAAGAAGCAAAAAAAAUUAAAGAAGAUUUCCAAACAUUUGUAGAUAAUGCUAAAACUGCAUUUUCAGAACCAGAAAAUGAUGCUAAGAAAGAAGCAGCAAUUGAAUCAUAUAAAGAAGAUAGAGCAAGAAUUGUUAAAGAAUUACAAGAACUUGGUGUAGAAGAUAUCCCAGAACAACCACAAGUUGAAGAAGCUACAUUUGAUAUUGAAGAUGAAACUAUUAUUGCCAAUAGUGAACAAGCACUUAAGACUAUGCCAAAAGAUAAAUUAGAUAAAUUAAAGAAUACGUAUAAACAAAUAGAAGCAAUGGAAUAUGCAGUAGAUAAUGGAGAUAAUAAUGCAUUUGUUUCUAAUGCUAAACCUGUUAUUAAUGAUGUUCAACAAGCAGCACAAAUAAUGAACCAAGAAGCAGUUAAAAAUAAAGACGUUAAGAAAAAGAAAAUUGCAGAGAAUCUUAGUGAAGAUCUUGCACCAUCAAUUAAUGAUUCUAAAGCAUCACUUGUUGAUAAAGAAAAUAAAGCCAAAAAGGAAAAGGCUAAACAAAGUUUAGAAAAAUUAAAAGAAGAUGUUGUUGAUGCUCUUGUUGUUGAAGGAAUUACUAAGAAACAAGCUGAAAAAGCACUUUCAGAAAAAGAAAGAAAUGAAGAAUUAAUUAAAGAACUUUUAACUAUGAAGCAAGCAGCUGUUGAAAUGCAAGAUGCAGUCAAUAAUAAAAAUACAGGUGCAUUAGCUAAAAAUGCUAAAGAAGCAUUAACAGCAACAAAAGCCACUGUUCCAAAAAUGAAAGAAACAGCACAAAAACAAAAGGAACCAUUACUUGAUGCAUAUGCUGAUAAUAUUCAAAGAAAAUUAGUUCCAGCCAUUAAUGAUUCCAAUACAUUUAUUAAGGAUUCAAAAGAUGAGAAAAAAGCAGAACAAGCUAACAAGGCUAUUACUGAAUAUAUUGAGGCAAUUGAUGACGCAUUGAGAGAAUGUAAAGCAACUCCAGAUGAAAUGCAAGUUGCAGUUAAAGUAAAAGAAGACAGUGAAGUUACAAAGAAAGCAGAGAAAACAAAAGAAUGUACUAAGAAAGCAAGAGAUUGUUUAUUUAAUGGCGAUUUAGAUGAAUUAGAAGAUGCAAUGGUAGAACUUGAUGGAGCACAAGAUGAGAUGUUAAGAACUAUGAUUGAAGACGCUAAAAAGAGUGGAAGAAAAGAUGAUGUCAAAAAAAUUAAAGACACUAAAGAAGAAUAUGAAAAAGCUUCAGAAGAGGUUAAAAAAGCUAAAAAAGAUCCAAAAGAUAAAGAACAAAGACAAAAAGCAUCAGAAAAAUUAAGAAAAUAUCAAGAAACCCUUGAUAAAAUCAUGGAAGAUGAAGGUAAACCAAUAAAAGAAACAGAAAAAACACAAAACAAAGUUGAUGAAGAUUUAGAAUUAUUGAGAGAAGGAAUUGAAAAUGUUGAUAGUGAGAAAGUGAAAGAAGCAAAUAACAAAUUAACAAAAGAUUUUGAAAAAUAUAAAGCUGAAAAAGAAAAAGAGGGACAAAAUGUUGAUGAUGUUUUAAUUCCUGUUAAAGAGGCACAAGCUGCUGCUGUUACUGCUGCUCGUGAUCCAAAGAAUAUUAUUAAAAGAAAGAAGGCUGUUGAUUCAAUUAAAAAAUGUAGAAAUAAAUUAUAUAACAAACCAGAAGAGGUUAAAUCAGAUGAAAAACAAAGCAAAGAAGAUCUAAAAGAGAUUGAAGAAAUUGAGGAACUUGCUGAUUCAAUUGUUCUUAAUGACGAUGAAGAGGCACGUCUUUUAAUUGAAGAAAUUGCAAAAGCAUCAAGAAGAGUUGCAGAAGCACUUGAAGAAGAAAAUGAAGAAAAACUUAAAAAUGCAUUAGAAGAGCUUGAAAAGAAAAAGAAGAUGAAGGAUAAUGUUAUCAAUAAAGCAAUUGAAAGAUGCCCAGAGGAGGAUAGAAAGUUAUUAAAACAAUCUAAUGAAAAAAUAGAUAAAUUAAGUGAAGAACAAAUUGAAUUAGCUAAACAAGCAUUAGAAGAUGGUAAUAUGAAAGAAAAAGCAUCAAAAGCUAAGAAGAAUUCUGGAGAAACAUCUAAAGUUGCACAAUCUAUGAAACCAAUGUUAGGUAAAACAAGUGAAAUAAAAGCAGAAGAAUCAUCUAAAGCUAUUUUAGAUGAUUGUAAAUUAGCAGAAAAACUUGCAAAAGAACCAAAUGAACGAUUAGCUAAAGAAUUAAAGAAAAAAUUAGCUAAAGAUGUUGAGAAUUACGAAAAUUCUAUUAAAGAUAUGAUUGAAAAUGCAGAUAUUACACCAGAAGAAAAAGAAGCUCUUUUGAAAAAUCUUGAAGAAGUUAAAAAGAAGGCUAAAGAAGUUGAUAAUAAUUUAGAUAAACUUAUAAAGAAUCCAAAAGAUAAACAAGCACAAGAAGACUUAAUUAAGUCAGCUAAAGAAUUGAAUGAGUCUGUCAAUAAGAUGAAUGAUAACUUUGAUGUUGAGCCAAAAGCAAAAUGCAAGAAAACAGAAAGAGUACUUGAUAAAUGCAAAGAAGCAGUUCUUUGUAAAGACAAGGAAGAAGGUAAUAAAGCAUUGGAUGAAUUAGAUAAACAAUACGAAGAGUUAAUGAAAUCAAUUGAUGAGGCAAUUGCCAAAGAAAAGGAUGCAAAGAAAAAGAAAGAAUUAGAAGAAGCUAAGAAAAAAGUACAAGAGUCAAUUGCAGAAGCUAAAAAAGCUACCAAAAAAGCACUUGAUACAAAUAAUGAUGAAGAUAUCCUUGAUUGUGAAAUUGCAUGUGAUUCAGCUAAGGCUGAUGUUGAAAAGUUAAAAGAAAAAUUAAAAGGAGGAAAAACUAAAGGUAGUAAAAAAUCAUCUGUUGCUGAUAGAAUGAAAUAUCUUGCACAUGCCAGAAAAGCAAUGAAAGAUAAAAACUUUGCUAUGGCUCGUGACGACCUUCAGAAAUUGAAAAAAUUAUUGACUGAUGCAUUAGAUGAUCCUGAGUUAGAUGAAGAAACUAGAAAUCAAAUUGAAGACCUCAUUAGCAAAAUCGAUUUUGCAUUAGAAGACAUUGAACAUGCAGAAGAGAAUGGAACUCUUUCAGAAAUUAAUGAUAUGGUAGCACAUUUGAAUGACUUAACUGGAAAUGAUAUUACAGAACAAGCUAAAGCUAAAUCAAAGGCUAGAGGAAUUGCUGCAAGAGCUAGAGGAGGAAAGAAAACUAAUCUCUCUAACCUUGUUAAAGGAUCACGUGAUCUUGCUAAUAAAAUGAAAGGACUCAAAUUCAAUAUUAAAGAUGAAGUACAUGAAAAUAUGGAUGGACUUAGUGAUCAAGCUAAAGCUGCUCUUGAAUUAAAUGAUCUCUUAGAUAAUAUGUCUGAUGGAGUUGAUCUUGAUGGUAUGUUAGGAAGUAUGACAAUUGAUGAAGAACCAGUUGAACCACCAAAGAAUGAGUUAGAGUCUCAAAUUAAUUCUGUUGCUGAUUUAAUUAAACAAACUGCUGUUGAAGAGUCAAAACCAAAAGCUACUGGUAAAACAAAAGAAAUUGCAAAAGCCGAGAUGCCAGCUGUUUGUGGAGAUAUUGCUGUCCAUUUCAGAGAACUUGCAAAACAUGCAUCAUGUGCUAAUAAAGAAGGUAUUAUUGUUGAAGGUAGAACAAUUGCAGCUGCUAUUGGACAGUUCUGCAAAGAGCUUCAAAAGGCUCAGCCAAUUUGUAAAGAUCCAAGAACUGCUGAUGAUAUGGCUCGUUCACUUCAAGCAUUAAGAAAUCUUUCUACACAACUUAAGAUUGUCUGUUCAGUUAAAGCUGCUACAGUUGGAAAAGGUGAUACUGAAGGUGAUAAUCAACUUAUUGCUAUUUGUCAAAAUAUUGGAAAUAAUAUGAAAGGUGGUAUGGAAACUCUUGCUGUUGCAAAUAGAACUAAGCUUCUUAAAAACUAA